UUAAAUGUAAGGACGGUUAUUAUGGUGACAUUUGCAAUUUCAAAUGUGACAGUUUUUGUAAGUCAUGUAUAUCGGAAGAUAUAUGUACAUCCUGUAUUGCCGGUAAAUAUAAUUACCUAUUCAAUGAUUGUAGGGAGACAUGUAAACCAGAAUGUAAGUCGUGUACCUCAUCUCCCUAUUGUACUGAUUGUGUAUCGGGGCGAUACGGUACUACAUGUGAAAACAAAUGUGCUCGGGGUUGUUUAAACGGACAAUGUAAUACAAGUUACGGUGUAUGCACUUGUAAAACUGGUUUUACCUCAGAGAAAUGCAUGAAAUGUGUUAACAAUAAAUAUGGUACAAACUGUGAUAUCGAAUGUGGGCGAGGUUGUCUAAACAAUAGCUGUGACGACAGUGGAAAAUGCAGUUGCAAAAGUGGAUUUACUGGUGAUAAGUGUGAUAGUUGCGAAGAAGGAAAGUAUGGAAAUUUAUGUGACAUAAACUGUCCUAUCGGGUGUGCAAACAAUAAAUGCACUCUUGAUGGCAAAUGCUAUGCUUGCAAAGCGGGCAAAUACGGAAACAAUUGCACACAGUCGUGUUCUGUAGGUUGUGUAGAUAACAAUUGUUCAUUUUUGGGGGAAUGUUACCUCUGCAAGUUGGGAUUUAGGAGCGAAUCAUGUGAUAGGUGCAUUGAUGGUAGGUAUGGAAAGGACUGCGACCAAAGCUGUCCGCUAACUUGCUUAGCCUGUUACGGGUUGAAAAAUUGUUCCGCCUGUGUUCAAAGGCAUUGGGGACAUACUUGUCAAACAUGUCCAACAAAUUGUUUAAAUUGUUCUUCCGAACGCACGUGUUCUACCUGUGUGAAAGGGUUUCAUGGUGUAACGUGUAGUUUACCAUGCGACAAAAACUGUAAUGGUAGUUAUUGCGGUCAAUUAACUGGAAAUUGCAGUAAUGGGUGUAAUGCUGGAUUUUACGGAGAAUUGUGUGACAUGAAAUGUAGCUCUAAUUGUCUGCAUUCUACUUGUGACAGAGAGUAUGGUGAUUGCUCACAUGGAUGCAACACAGGAUACAGUGGAGCAAAUUGCUUUCUGUGUAAGUUAAUUCGCAAUUAUCGCUUAUUGAAUUUGUGA